AUGGUGGUCAACAACAGCUGCUUUGCCAGAAACCAGAAGGCUACAAAGUAGUUGGCGAUGUGACAUGUACGUCAAAAAACCUGUGUGAGAUUUAAAAGUAGUGUAUGUGCGCUGGCCGCUGCUCGUCCAUGGUGUUGCUGUAAAGUGUGCUGCCGUCUCUCAAAAGGAGCACUAUGGCAAUGUGGAUCCAGGCCCAGCAGCUGCAGGGUGAGGCACUGCACCAGAUGCAGGCGCUGUACGGCCAGCACUUCCCCAUCGAGGUUCGACACUACCUGGCCCAGUGGAUUGAGAGCCAGCUCUGGGAUUCAGUGGAGUUGGACAACCCAGCAGAGGAAGCCAAAGCCAAGCGUCUGCUGGAAAACCUAGUGGCUGAGCUGCAGAGGAAAGCUCAGCUCCAGGGAGGAGAGGAUGGCUUUCUGCUUAAGAUCAAGCUGGGCCACUACGCCAAUCAGCUCAAGAGCACCUAUGACCGCUGUCCUUUGGAGCUGGUGCGCUGCAUUAAACACAUCCUGCACUCAGAGCAGAGGCUGGUUCAAGAAGCUACAAAUGCCAGCUGUGGGAGUGGGGGACAGGCCAUGGACAGCCUGUCGCAGCGCCACCAGCAGAUCAACCAGGCCUUUGAGGAGCUCCGCCUGGCCACACAGGAGACCGAGAAUGAACUGAGAAAGCUGCAGCACAGCCAGGAGUACUUCAUUAUCCAGUACCAGGAGAACCUGCGCAUCCAGGCCCAGCUGAGCAGCCUGUCCUCACUGCCCCCAGCUGAGCGCACCCAGCGGGAGACCACCCUACAGAGCAAGAGGGCCACGGUGGAGGCCUGGCUCACCAGAGAAGCCAGCACACUACAGAAAUACAGGCUUGACCUGUCAGAACAACACCAGAAGACCCUGGCCCUGCUGAGGAAGCAGCAGACUCUGAUCCUUGAUGAGGAACUCAUCCAGUGGAAGAGGAGGCAGCAGCUGGCUGGAAAUGGAGGUCCUCAUGAGGGGGGACUGGAUGUCCUACAGUCCUGGUGUGAGAAGCUGGCUGACCUGAUCUGGCAGAACCGGCAGCAGAUCAGACGCUGUGAACAUCUUACCCAGCAGCUUCCUCUGCCUGGCCCCAUGGAAGAACUGCUGAGCAAACUCAAUGCUGACAUCACCGAUAUCAUCUCUGCGCUGGUUACCAGUACCUUUAUCAUUGAAAAGCAGCCGCCCCAGGUGUUAAAGACCCAGACCAAGUUUGCAGCCACAGUGCGCCUUCUGGUGGGGGGAAAGCUCAACGUCCACAUGAAUCCACCUCAGGUCAAGGCUGUCAUUGUUAGCGAGCAGCAAGCCAAAGCUCUGCUGAAGAAUGAGAGCACGCACAGUGAAAGCAGUGGAGAAAUCCUUAACAACAACUGUGUAAUGGAGUAUCACCAAGCCACUGGCACCCUAAGUGCACACUUCAGAAACAUGUCACUGAAGAGGAUCAAGCGUUCAGACCGUCGAGGUGCGGAGUCAGUGACGGAGGAGAAGUUCACAGUUCUGUUUGAAUCACAGUUCAGUGUCGGGGGCAACGAGCUGGUCUUCCAUGUCAAAACUUUAUCACUGCCUGUAGUAGUGAUUGUCCAUGGCAGCCAGGACAACAACGCCACAGCCACAGUCUUGUGGGACAAUGCCUUUGCUGAGCCGGGCAGGGUGCCAUUCAUCGUGCCAGACAAGGUGUUGUGGCCCCAGCUAUGUGAGGCCCUCGAUAUGAAGUACAAGGCAGAAAUGCACAGUGGGCGUGGCCUGUCAGAGGAUAACCUGGUCUUCCUGGCACAGAAAGCUUUUACAAGCAGCAGUAACAACCCUGAGGAUUACCGUAACAUGACCAUAUCCUGGGCCCAGUUCAAUCGGGAGAGCUUACCUGGACGCAACUUCACCUUCUGGCAGUGGUUUGAUGGAGUUGUGGAGCUCAUGAAGAAACAUCUCAAGCCGCACUGGAAUGAUGGGGCCAUCUUGGGCUUUGUAAACAAGCAGCAGGCACAGGACAUGCUGAUGUCCAAACCCAACGGCACCUUCUUGCUGCGAUUCAGCGACUCUGAGAUUGGAGGCAUCACCAUUGCCUGGGUGGCUGAGAACCCCAACAAACCAGGUGAGAGGCUGGUCUGGAAUCUGUUGCCUUAUACAACUAAGGACUUUUCUAUUCGUUCCCUGGCUGACCGCAUCAGUGACCUGAACCACCUUCUGUUUCUUUACCCUGACCGGCCCAAAGAUGAGGUCUUUGCCAAGUACUACACCCCUCCACUCUCAAAAGCAGUGGAUGGAUAUGUCAAACCACAGAUCAAACAAGUUGUGCCAGAAUUCACCACCCCGAACCCUGAACCCAGUGGAGGAACUCCUACAUUCAUGGACCAAACCCCUUCUCCGUCUGUGAGCCACCCCAACAACUUUGGUGUCUACCCUUCUAUGAGUGACACCAUGUUGGAUGCAGAUGGAGACUUCGACCUGGAAGACACAAUGGACGUGGCUCGUCAUGUGGAGGAGCUGCUCCGCAGGCCUAUGGCCAACCAGUGGAGCAGUCAGCAGUCCUGAACCUGAAACCGAACCUGCUGCACACCUUCAGGUGUCCGUCUUACCUAACAGAAACACCCACAAAUGUAGCCACAGCAAAACAUUUCCUGUGUUCCAUCAGUCCCUCUGGCAGAUCCACAUCACAGUGAAUAUUCUGUUUUAGUUCCCACAGAGGUUUUAAAAGAGAACAGGUCUGGUAAUGAACAACCAUCCACUAACCCAAGUGUCUUUGUAGAGAAAAUAAUCAUACAUUCAGAAUCAAUAUUAUUAAUAUUUGACAGAGGCUGGUGUUAAUGCCCUCUCUCACUUACCAUAGUUUCUCAGGGUUUGUGUGUAGCAGGUUUGGGUCAAUGGGAUUUAUACAAAAAGAUAUACAGUCAUUUUUUAUGUUAGCUUUGCAGUCAUAUAUGCCUGAUGAGCUUUUAGCUGGCAAUGAGAGACUUUUGCAUAAAAAAGUCACAGUAGACAAACUGUUUUUAGAGAUUUGUGUUUUUAAGCCUGGAAAUGUAGAAAGGAAUUGCUGAAGGUCACCAGUUGUUCACCCAAAGUAGUAGAAAGUACUGAUUAACUGUAUUUGUGUUAGAGGGGUACUCCAGUGGUUUUAGUAUUUCAUUUUUAUAAAGUUGGGGGAAAUCAGGACAGAUAGAUUAAAAAACAAAAACAAAGAAGUGGUGCAAGUCAAGUCCACUAAUGAUUGCCAAAAUAUCCUGGCUUUAAUCUUGUUUGUAGAUGAAGCUCCAAAAAGACUGGAUCCAUUACCUUCCCAUAAUGCAACUCAGUGACAUCUCCCUCUCUUGCACACCACAUUUAACUUCACACCACCAGUCAUUUAUAAAGUCUCCAAACACUCUGGAGGCAUGACAAACUCCUCUAAAACCAUAGAAGACUGCAUACAGCUGUUUUCACAGGCUGUAUAUAGCAAAAUAUACUGAUGUGGUCAUGCAUGCACACAGAUUGCUAAACCACACAAGUGAGGGUUUUUAUUAGUUAUAAAGAAUAUUUGGAGGAUUGCACAGACAAGGUGGAUUCAUUGCAAUGAUAAGACUUCUACACUUCAGAAUAGGUGAAGUGUUAGAGUAGUGUAAUUUGUUAUUUAUACUCACUAAAUAGCGGCACAGGUUAAUAAUCCAGGCUAAAAAGGUAUAAUACUUUAACACCUGUCCUCUCCUUAGUGAUGCACGUAAUAGUGAUCAUCAGCCAUUCAGAGCAGAGUAUGCGUCAGACACCGUGUAAGUGCUGUUUGAUUUUUAAUACAUCAUUUACAGUAUACUUUAAAACUUCAAUUUAAAGCACAGCCGGGGAUAAAUACUGAGUCCCUUUUAUUCUCCAGGUGUUGCUACAUGUUUUGACAAAUAAACGUCUCACUGGUUGCCAUUAAUGCUGGAAAACAGUUUAUUUAUAUAGAAUUUUUUGGGAUAUAAAACCUCUCAAAGCCCACCGGGUCGUUUGCUCCCUGCUUGAGGUAGUUCUAACUUGCUUAGAUCGCACAUACAGAUAUAAAUGUGUAACCUUUUGUCACUAUGGACAUACUAUACAUUGUUAGCUCAGUUAGAUUCUCCACAAUUCAAUCAUUCAGUUUAUUUUAGUGAAACCAUGAGCACCAAAGAACAAUUCAUACAGAUAUACUGUCGUUGAAAACAACAGAGACAAAAAAGUGGUGACUCCCUACCUUUGAACCUUUGAAAUCUGAAUAUGUCCAUUUUAUUUAGUCAUGUAAGGGUCCAGUAAUCAAAAGAAUCAAAACCAUAUUUAUGAAAAUAAAUCCAAGCUGUGAAUAUUAUAUGAAUCCACUGCUAACUCUAUGCUAACUGCGUUCAUCAAACAAAGACCGCACUUUAACUCAAACAUUAUUUUCUUUUCUUUACCUUCCUCUGUUUAGUGUUCUCUCCAUUCUCACUACUUUCCUCUUCUUUCUUCACUUUCACUUCUGUGAUGCCAGCAUACUGUCUAAAAUCACACACUGAAGCAUGAUGCCCCUGUUGUUUGGUUCUGUGUAAAGAUGCAAAGAAGGGCCCUUAAGAGGGACUUUUCAGUGGUUCUAUAGGGCCAUCUCUGUGUAAAAAGGGCUUCUCCGUCUCUGUUUAUCAGGUGGGCCUAGAUGUGUUGUUUAUCAGAGCUAGAUCAAAUGAAUGAUUCAUUAUUGAUAUGCUAUUCGAUAGCCUAAUUUUUAUACAAGUAAUAUUCAUAGUGCUAGAAAAAAAAACAAUUAAAUAGUAUUUCCCAUCUUUCCUGAGCAAAAGUUUGUGCAAAAGGAAUCAAAGGCCUGUCAGAAACAUCAACCAGUUGAGUUCAGUAUUUGAAGCAAAUAAAAGCUCAGGAUAUUAACUGAAGUUUUGCGGUAUGUGAUGAAGUGUAGGUUAGGGAUAUAUUGAGAAAUAAAACAACAAUCAAAAAGGAUUUGUGAAAUGGCAGAGAUGGUGGAUCUCACUCUUUAUAGCAGCGAAAGAGCCAGUAGAGAAUACAGGAUAUUAUAGUUACUAGUCUAGUUACUAGUCUGUAUUUCAUUGAGCUCACGUGUAAAUACUACAUUUUAUGAAUUAAAAAGUUUUCUUAGAGAAAUCUAUCCCCACUUUUAUUCAUAUUGUUGGAUGCAUCUUUCAUUGAGGCUGAGUUGUCUGCACUAGAACCAGUGGAGUUCCCCUUUAGGUAUGAGUCAGAGCCAUGUCUCUAAAUGGAGGAUAUCUUGUUUUGGAACCUAGUGGCCUGCACUCUCACUGUACACCAUAAGUUAUUACUCAUAUUGUAACUGAAAGCAAGUGACCACUGUGUUGUUUAACCUCUAAUAGUAUUAACUGCCCGGCUGACACAUAAAGUGAGUUUGACAUUUAACUUUUGUGAGCCUAAACUUGACUAAAACUGUUAUCAUAUUUCACAACAGACUGAUAAAAUAUUUCAAUCCAGUCCUGAGCGGUCAAACCCAGACUCAGGGCCGAAUUCACAAAGAAUGAACUGCGGCCGCUGAUAGCACCUUGAAUUGCACUUCACUUGCACCCGCAGUUUGCUCCGUCUUAACAUCCUAUUCACAAAGGAUAUUGCACUAAUGAUAUACCAGCGCAAACACGCCCACAAAGUUUGGCAGCUGAGUGCAGUUUGGCCCUGAUUUGCCCCUGAUUGCAAUAAGCCACACAUGUAUGGCAAAGUAUAAAUGCUGGCUUUGCGCCAAGAACACCGUGGCAGAACAAUGGCAGACUUUGUUUGGCAAAGUACUGAAUACUUUAUACCCUCAUGUCUGCUGGUGAGUCAGUCUAACAGUGUCGGAUGGGUUGAGGCUGUGGAUUUGACCAAGUUUGACCACUUUAUCACUAUUCCCUCUCACUUGUAGCUGUUGUUUCGUUAUCUUUUGAAUUUAAUAUGAAUUAUGGAACCGUUUUUGUUCACGUUUGUUUCCCCCGUUUCGUAAAAUAAAUUAUUGAAAGUUGCUUUUGAAGUGCGUGACAGAAGUGCGUUUUGAGAACGACCACAGAUUGUCACCUUUUCAAUGCAUCAGUAUCUUCGGAUGCCAUUAAAGUAAUAAUGAUCAAAGUAAUAAUGAUUAUAAUAAUAAUGUCAAAAUAUUAUUUACAGACUAAUUUAACAGACGAUCACUGCUGCCACGAUCACUGGAAAGCCUGGGCAAGAGGCUUCCACAGAGGAGCGCCCAGUUUGCACCAGCUUUCUAAAGACGUUAUUUACUUCACUCAAACUGCGUGUGGCUGUUAGCGCUGGUGUUAGUGAAUUAGACGUUGUUUAUCAAUGAGGCUCAUUUGCAUAGAAAUGGCCAAUUUUUCCGCCAAAUAUAUGCAUAUUACCUCAUUUAAAUACGUGCAAAUAACACCAGAGCACUGAGAAACAAUCUGCUUGGCAACGCAGUUAGUGGAGCAUUUCACCCUCUGCACGUGCUUUGUGAAUUAGACAGUAUCUGUUUGCUCCAUUUUUACCAGUUUAGCAGCCGCGAAAGCCAUGCAAUCCUUUUGUGAAUUUGGCCCUCAGUGGGCAGUGGAGUCAAAAAAUGACAUGAGAGUGACAUGUUCAUAAAGAAUCUUAAACAUAUUCCAUUUAUGAAAAUAUGUUGUUGAAAUGGAACCUUAAGUUCUUGUGUUUGCUGUCUUACAAGCUAAGCGUAGUUGUCUGUCAGUGGACUGCUUUAGGAGAAUGCUCAUACCUCAUACUUUGUAAUAGUUCUUUCAGUCAAAAGUAUGUGUUGACUAUGUGUUCAACACUGCUUCUGAAAGUACUUCAGUACAAUCAUGUCAGAUCUGCACUCUCAUCAUGGAUGAACUCUUGAUCAGGCUGAAUCCUGCCCUGUGUAGAAAGCUUUUUCUCCAUUUUCAGUAAUAAUCUCCAGUAAAUGUGUAUGUUCUGUGAAGCUUCUGUGUGGAGAUACAGAGGCUCUGUAAAUCUGUCUGUGCCUUUUGGAUUGUUAAGGGACAGCGCUGUCCAUACAGGACAUUUUAAAGCCAUUGCCAUUAAUGCUGCACUAUAACCAGCCUGAACCAAAGAAUGUCUAUUUUAGAAAACACGACUCACCCGCAAUGACGGUUAAAGUGGAAAUAGACAUUCUUUUUCUUUUUACUUAUCAUGGGGUAAAUGUUGAUUGCAUAAUGUAAUGGCUACAGAAUAAUGACACCAUCAGCAUUUAGAUGGUACCAUAGAAAUCUCACUUUCACUUAACUCUUGUGAAAUUGAAAGUUCUAUUUAUGGCACAAAGGAAUUGGGCCCCUGGUUAUUCCUGUGAAAGCUGCUCAGUGGCACAUUAAGCCAAAAUAGUUCAACUUCCUGAUUUAAAAUUACCCAAUUACUUUUGCAUCAUAGGACCCAUUUCUGCUAACUUGAAUUGGUAUGAAAUGAUUUGAUUGGGCAGUUCUUCCAGACUUUAAAAAUGUUAUUGUACCUUAUAGAUUAAAUCCUGAUAGUGAAUCGAGUUAUUUCACGGCGGUUGUGACGCUCAAAAAAAUGUAUCCAGUGAUUCACCUACAUCUCUUUCCCAAUGUAAGUCUAUGGGAGGAAGUCUUCUUGGGCCCAGACAUGACAGACCCAGAAGUUGUAAUUACAUCCUUUGGCCACUAUGUCCCAUAGACAAAGUCUGGCGCACUUCCUGGGGGCCUGGUCAACCACUGUGCAACCAAAACAGGAAGAGGAUAGAGCAUUUGUUUUCCCUGGUAGCCGUUGGAAGCUAUCCCCAGCUGCCAAAGAUUAUCAAUAUAUGUUCUAUUCCUAGUCACGGAAAUGGCUGAGAGUGGAACAACCGGUGUUAACUGUGGUAAACAAAAUGCUGUGUGAUUUGAAAUGUUGUCUGUUUCCACUUUAACACAGUAAACUUCAAGAAAACUCACUGUGAAAUAAAUGUAGAAUCAUAAUCAACCAAAUAAUACCUGAUGACUCGAGUGUAGAAAGGACACCUUUUCAAUGCUUGUGCUACGUUUGCCUCUUAUGCUUUUUGUUAGAUUGUUAAAGCAGAAACACAAACGUUGAUGGUGUACUAACUCUGUAAAAGUGAACAAGCACUUUGAUGCUCACACCAGCAGUUAUUUGAUGUUCUUGCUAAUGCAGUAUUUCUCCUGCUUGUUUUUGAAUCAACUUAAUGUACAUUUGUUUUGAGUGUAAUUGACUUUUCUAGCUCACUGCUGCCAUGUGUGCUGGUUUCUGUACAGCAUGCAGCCUGUUUGGGAAUUUCAUAUUUACUUCCACAUUGUACUUCAUGUUGCUGGAAGUUUUAUGUUGGGAUUUGGGACGUAAAAAUAAAAAGGUUUUGUAAUGAAUCAUA